CUCCUCGGAGAUACGACUAUAAACGUGCAUCCAGACCAGAGAUUUGUGGUAGAAGCUUCAUGAAUGAAUAAAAGUGGUUCACUGGGCUCCUGUGGCAGGGAAGUUCCUGUGGAAAGUUGGCCAAAGGAAUGGCAACCUCUUUGUCGAGAACUACUUGUACCUCCUGACGAGUCAAUCGCUAUCGACGGGGCAGUGCAAAGCCUGUUCGCCGAGUGCCAUGACAUCCGACGGCGGGCUGGGUAUCCGACUCGCCUGCCACCCGAUUGGCAGGUUCUCGCUGACCACCUGUGUGCGCUCGUACCAGUAAUACAAGACGACGCUCUGCAGUUCACAUCACGCCUGCGCGUACUCCCGGAGCACGAUCGGCGUCGCCUGGCGUUGCUGCUGGCGCGGGUGCACGCCCAAGUGCCAGUGCACGCACUGCGCGCGUUGCUGAGCGAGUUCCAGCACGUGUGCAGCGAUGGCCGUCGUUUGGCCGCCGCCCUGCCCGCCGGUGACGAAGGCUCCCCGCCGGCCGCCGUGCAGCCGGUCGGCGAUAAUGCCACUGAUCUGACGGGUACAAUCACCACGCUGGCUAUGUGUGUGCGGCGUAGGCGACAGCAGCAGGCCGGUGACGACCUCCGUGGAGAAGAUCUCGGCUCAGCUGAUGACGAGCAUGCUCCCUGCUUGAAGAAGCCCAGGCUUGCUCAUGCGGCUAAACCGGCAUCGUCGACACCUCCAGCAGGUGAUGUGGUGCUGUUUGAGGAGCAACACAGGUCGCCCGCAGAAGAUGCCGGUGCCACUGCCGAGGUUGGGAUUGUUCCACUUGCGCCCAAUGCAGAGCGGGCACCGCCGAUGCAGCGGAAGCAGCAACGGGAACAGCAGCAGCCAAUGGCUGACUCUGCUGCCAUGCUUUCAUGUUCUCAGACUAGCACCGUGAGUGGCUUGGUGAAACCGCGUCACAAGCACUUGCCUCGCUCGGACGUGGACUCGCAUCCGCAGCUGGCCACCCUGGCCGCACCACCCAAGCUUGCCUUGUCACGUCUUCUCGAUGACUUCUUGUCGGGCAAUGAGCGUGCUACCUUCACUGACCUCAGCGUUAUUUCGACUCUCUCAUUGAACCAGGUGGAAGCUUUUCUCUCCUUCGUCGACUGCGCAUCGCUGUCAGAAGCCGUAGUCAUGGCUGUUGUGCAGCAGCUGUCAACAAUGCCCGCGGAGCUGGGAGUGAGCGUGUCUGAGAAUGUGUGCUCUGCACUCGUCUUGCCCAAGGUACUGUCGCUCGCCCAGCUGGCGUCCCGCUCCCUGCACGCUGGCCUUGUUCAGCUGCUGGGCCGCUAUCCCCGUGCCGCCAUCUCGUCCGUCCUCAUUCCGGCGUUCAGCGAUCCAGCUUCAGCAGGCGGCUUCCAGUGUGAGUUAGUCCGACGUCUGGUCCGUGACGUAUUGGACGCCGGGCAGCGCGAGAGUGUGGCCAGCGGUUUCCUGGCCGCUUCGUCUCGCCUUGAUGCAGCCACGGUGUGGACGGAAGACCAGAUCUCCUGCUUUCAAACGCUAGUGGAGGCGAAGGUAUUGAUGGAUGCCGAAGUGUGCUCCCACCUUGCCGCCUGCUUCGGCCAACAGGCGCCGCUGCAGGCCAAGAACUUGAAGUUUGCCAAGCUGCUCCUGGCAAUCGUGCAGAAGUAUGGACCCCCGAUGCUUCCUCAUGUCGGCACCCUGCAGACUGCAGCAUCAGCUUCCACCACUUUUCUGAAGAAGCCCUUACUUGCAGCCAUCAAGAAAUUAGGAUGACAAAUUCAAUGAAACCGACAAUGAGAGCCUGUACUAGUGGCUCCAUUGUAGCCUUUUUUUAAAUAUUUUUUAUCUCUACUUUACUUUUUUUCUGUUUUUGCACUACAGUGCUGAGUGGCAGGCACCACCCAGAAUUUGGAAAUUGAAAACCCAAGCCCUCUUGGAACUCUUUUGAGCCGGGUGAAAAAAACAUGGUG